AUUGAUGGAAAAAAUAUGCUUAUUUUUCUAUAUUUGAUGGUUAUUCAAGUAUUCAACAAAUAAAAAGUUUUUCUUUUUGAAUUAAAAUUAUUUAAUGUCAAAGUUCUGAUACAGCAAAUUAUCGAUCUGAUAAUCUUCAUGUUCAUAUUGUACAUAAACUAAAUCGAAUAAUUAAUCACAAAGAAAAUUAAUCGAAGAGAACUUCGUCGAGAAAUUAAAAAGGCUUUUAUUAAACUCGAUAAAUAAGUGAGAAAAAUUGCUAAUGAUAAAAGUGGUUCUGUAUGUGUAAGCAUUUCAAUUAAAUAUAUUAUUAUUAUUAUUAUUAUUAUUAUUAUUAUUCAUUUAAUACAUAUAUAAAUAGAUUGAUUUUCUGAUCGGCCCAAAACAAAUUUAUUUAAUAAAUGUCGGUGAUGCUCGAGCUAUGAUUAUUUCAAAUACUGGAAGAGUAUUAGCAUCUACUCAGGAUAAUGAUUGUUUAUUUAUUUUAUUUUCUAUCAAUAAUUAGAUCAUAAAUCGGAUAAUCCAAAUGAAGAAGAACGUAUUCACGAAGCAGGAGGUCACAUAACACAAAAAUCGUCGAAAGAUGUUUUACGUGUUGAACGACGUCUUGCAAUGACAAGAGUUUUAGGAGAUUUUUCUAUAGAUAAAAAUAUAGUACCACCUAUUCCUGAUAUAAUCAUUUAUCCUCGAAAAUCACCAACAGCAUUCAUUGUUCUUGCAUCUGAUGGUAUUUGGAAUGUUAUGUCGAAUGAACAAGUUGCUUCAUUUAUAUUUCACCGAAUAUCAACAACAAAAUUAAAUCAAAUUGCAUCACAACUGUUAGAUCAUUGUUUAGAAAAACAAAGUCAUGAUAAUAUGAGUGUACAUAUCAUCAAACUCGAAUUCAUUAGGAAAGCAUAUAAUCAAAAUUGUUUUUUGCUCUGUUGCAACAUAAACUAGCAUAUUUUAUUUUGUUUUGUUUUCUAUUUUGUCUUUAUAAUUGAUCUCAUAUUGAGCAAUUGUUUAAAAAAAUAAUUAUAGAUAAAAUUAUUUUAUUUAUUAUACUUAAUUCUAUUUUUCAAUAGACAAGUAGCUAAAGUUUUUCUAUAAUAAAUAUCGUUCAAAUAAGUUUAGAAAUAUCCAUCAAUGUAUAAAGAAACGUGAGUCUAAUAAAGCUUUUCAGAGCUAUUCUUUUCAAAUCCCUGUUUUGCUUUUUUCAUUGAUUUACUACAAUGGAAUUCUAAUGUUAAUACAAAGGCGAAACAUAUAGUUUAUCUAUUGAUGUCUAUCAAAGCAGUGAAAAACCUUUUUUUAUUGUUAAAAAUUUAUUUUUGUUUAGUAAUCUUGUCGGCAUGUGAAUGACUUAUUUUUACACCUACAAAAUCUCAUAACAGACUGUGACCGACGUUGUUGAUAUACAAUCAUAGACCAUAUAACAAUAACGUGUUCUUAUACUAGAUGAAUCUUUUCGUGUUCCUGUU